AUGGCCCCUCUGCACGAAAGCUACGAGCUGCGCGUCACCGCCGGCGCAACUUACGACCGCACAAAGCACCAGAUCGUGCCCGUCAACACGGAGAAAGCCGUGCACAUCUCCUCGGACCUGAUCGACGCACAUCUGCACAUGCGGAUCAAAGACUACCGGGGCCUCCCCAAAGACUCGCCAUCAACAUCGCCCUACUUCGCAACCCCCCCGCACACAUACGACCGCUACUCUAUUUCCUUCACCUUUGUGCCCAAGCGCGAUAUCCGCGGGGACAAGCUGGUGUUUGGGAAUGACUUUGAGCAUCCGAUUCGCGACCGCCUGCCGCCGCUGUUCGACAAGGCGUUUGGGAUUGUCAAGUGGUGGAUUGAUCCCGGGCUGGAGGGGGAUGUGUAUGGGGAUGAGCCGUACUUGUAUGGCGCGCUGCUGUCGAGCAUGAAUGUGUUGAACGACGCAAAGAAAGACGACGCAAAGAAAGACGACGCAAAGAACGACAAAGACGAAAAGACGGUUGAAAAGGAGGAGAAGAGCGACGCGGUCGUGUACACCGAAGGCGCAUCCGGCAGCGGCACCGCACUGCGCGCCUCGCACAACAUCCCCGCGACAUCUGCAGCGCGACAAAAGUUCUUCCUCACCGAGUCCAACAGAUCGAGCUUCACAUUCGAAGCAGGCCGCGAGUACUCGUGCGAUUUCUUCAACCCGUACUUGGACUUCAACGAGUUCGCGCUGAAGAUCGGCUACGGACUACCCAACAUCAGCAUCAUCGGGCACUGGGACGGGCAGCCUCUGCGCCCGCACUCGCUCAGAUACACGCUCAAGGACCGCGAGUCGGACACGGAGCUGCUCGUCGUCGUUAUCCAGCUUUGUCCCACCGCGCAGGCGGUCAAGGACGGCGCCAAGAGCGCCGAGGAAGAAUUCCAGGAGCUGCACGGCCGGCCGCUGCCGAAGCCUGAGGAGGGAAAGACGGGGGAGGGGAAGAAGCAGCAGGAGACGGGCAAUGACGAUCUGGACUAG